AGAGAUGGAGGGAAAGAUGUCGAAGCCCCGACGGCUGGCUAAUUUCGCCUACGGGAAGGAGUACUGUGACUCUCUACAGGUGCACGCCUCACAGCAAGGUGAGUGCACGGAGCAGGUGUGCAAUGGCUCGUUAAUGAACAUCAGGAGAAUGGCCACGACGCCUCGGCCUCCCGCGGAGGUCCUCACCCAGGCCAAGGAGUUCUUAGAUGACUACUACACUUCCAUGAAAAAGUUGUCGAGUGAGGAACACACAGGCCGCUGGAAGGAGGUGGAGGCGAGCGUCCUGGCUCGGGGAACUUACCACCUGACUUUAGAGGAGAUGGAAUACGGCGCUAAGUUGGCCUGGAGGAACGCCCCGCGAUGUAUCGGCAGGAUUAACUGGACCAGACUGAAGGUGUUUGAUGCACGAGAUGUCACAACGCCCCAAGAAAUGUUUGCAGCAAUCUGUAGACACCUAAAGUACGGUACAAAUGACGGCAACAUCAGGUCGGUGAUCACGGUGUUCCCUCAGCGGCGGCCAGGGAAGCCAGACUUCCGGGUGUGGAACCAACAGCUCAUCAGCUUCGCCGGCUACGCCAACCCCGACGGCACCGUCACGGGAGACCCUGCGUACGUCACCUUCACUCAGAUAUGCGAGGGCCUCGGGUGGAAAGGCGGCGGAGGCAGGUUUGACGUGCUGCCUCUGGUGUUGUCUGCAGCUACGGGAGAACCUCAGUUCUUCCCUAUCCCCGACGACCUGGUGCUUCGUGUCUCCCUUCACCAUCCCAGGUUUGAGUGGUUUAAGGAGCUGGAGCUGCAGUGGUUCGCUUUGCCUGCGGUGUCGUCCAUGAUGUUCGACUGUGGAGGCGUGGAGUUCACCGCUGCCCCCUUCAACGGCUGGUACAUGUCCACCGAGGUGGCGGCCAGGGACCUGUGUGACUCUCAGCGAUACAACAUCCUCCAGGUCGUAGGCGAGAAAAUGGGUCUGGACACCAGGUCUAAUAUCACGCUCUGGAAGGACGCAGCUGUUCUUGAAGUUCACCACGCUGUUCUGCACUCCUACAAAGAGGCAAACGUGACCCUGAUGGAUCACUAUACAGCGGCGGAGUCUUUCAUGCAGUUCGCGGAGAACGAGUACCAGCAGCGGGGCGGGUGUCCGGCAGACUGGGCGUGGAUCGUGCCGCCCGUCUCUGGCGCCCUUACUCCGGUCUUCCACCAGGAGAUGUCCCUGUACUACCUCAAGCCCGCCUAUGAGUACCAGGUGCCCGCCUGGAUCACGUACGCCAAGUACAAGAAAGCCCUGCUGGGACUAGACGCCUCGAACUCCCGGAAACUCUUCAGGAAGGUCGCUCUGAGUGUACUGUUCGCCAGUACCCUCUACAGCGCGGCCCUCAACAGGCGGGUUCACGUGACCAUCGUGUACGCCACAGAGACUGGCAAGUCCCAGCUUUACGCCAAGAGUCUCUCUGAAGUCUUCAAACGGAACUUCAAACCCAAGGUACUGUCUAUGGCAGACUACGAGGUGAGCAAAGCUGCGUUAUCGGGCGAAGGUCUCCUGCUGGUGGUGGCCGCCACUACAGGCGCAGGGGAACCUCCACAAAACGGUCAGGAGUUCGUCAAGACUUUGUACAACAUUAAGGAAGAGCUUAACUCUGGGAACACCAAUGUUCAAAAGUUAUCCUUCCAGGAAGACUACAACAGUUUCAAAAUCACUACCACCAGCUCUGUACUUGAAGAAAUGACAACCAACCCGAAGAUGAAGGAGAACGACCACAAGAUGAUGAACGGUUUCAGCAGUUUCCUGCGCAUGUUGGGACUACGUCAGGGACCCCAGCAGGACCUGGUGAGGCGCACCUCCACCCCGGCCACCUCCGUCAGCUUCAAGUACGCAGUCUUUGCCCUGGGGUCAAGCAACUACAAACAUUUCUGUGCCUUCGGCAAGUACGUGGAUCACCUUCUACAGCUGUCAGGUGGUGACUGUAUUCUGAAAUUGGCUUGUGGUGAUGACCUUGACAACCAAGAACAAGCCUUCAACACCUGGUCUGCACAGGUUUUCAAGGCGGCGGCUGAGGAGUUUGGUGCCGAGGACUGUCAAGAUACCACCCUCAGGAUCGAGGAGCUUACUGCCGAUGCUGUCAAACUGUCACCUGCCAUACACCACACGUCCCUGGCACAAGGUCUGUCCCAAGUUCACGGCAAGAAGAUUCAAAGUUUCCCGGUGCUGGAGACAAAGAUUUUACACGAGGAAGGAGACAGGUGGACGCAGAUGGUGGUAGUGGAUGUGAGUGAGGGUGGCGGGAUGAAGUACCAGCCCGGGGAUCACGUCGGGCUCCUGCCCGCCAACAGCCCGGCUAUGGUGACGGCCCUCAUCGCUCGACUUCACCGCUGUCCUGAUGUAGACAUUCCCAUUCAGAUCCUCCUCCAACGUCGACAGGGUUCCACAGGAGUGUGCUGGGAGCAUCACCCUCACCUGCCCGUGGCCAGCAUCCGCAGCCUCCUGUCUCGCUUCCUGGACAUCACCACGCCGCCCUCGCCCGCCUUCCUCGCCCUCCUGGCCGCCCACGCCACAAACAACCGCCAGGCUUGCCGCCUCACCCAGCUCGCCUCGGACCAGAAGGAGUACCGCCAGUGGAGGUCAUGGCAAUUCCCGCACCUGCUGGAGGUCCUGGAGGAGUUCCCCAGCGUAAAGGUGGAGGCCGGAGUUGUGCUGAGUGCCCUGCCUCUCCUCCAGCCAAGGUACUACUCCAUCAGCACCUCUCCCGACCUCCACCCUGGCCUCCUGCACCUCACUGUCUCUGGCCUCCAAUACCGCACUAGAGGAGGAGCAGGCGCCGUGCACCAGGGCGUCGCUACAGGGUUCUUGAAGAAGAACAAAGCCGGGGGAAGUCUCGAACUCUUCCACAGAAGUGCUACCAACUUCCACAUGCCGAGCGACCCUACAGUACCAGUGAUGAUGGUAGCAGCUGGCAGCGGAAUCGCGCCCUUCAGAGGCUUCUGGCAACACUACCACCACAAAAAAACAGAAGGAAAAGGAGAGUUGCCAGAGCUGGUGCUGUACUACGGCUGCAGGACCAACGCUGAGGACCUGUACGAUGACGAGAAGUGGACUAUGAUCCGCUCUGGGACCAUCAGCAGGAUACACUUGGCCCUCUCCAGACAACCGACAGUGCCCAAGAUGUACGUGCAAGAUUUGUUGGUGAUGUACGGAAAGGAGGUACAAAGGCACCUGCUGGAGCAAGGCGGGCACGUCUACGUGUGUGGCAGCGACGCCAUGGCCCAGGACGUCCAGAACACACUGGCCGCCAUACUACAACAGAACUCCCGCCUCACCCAGGACCAGGCGCUCGCUUUCCUAUCCAAGCUUCAGGAAGAAAACCGAUAUCAUGAAGACAUUUUUGGGAUCCGGAUUCUAAACUGAGAACACGGCAGACAGACACGAACAUUCUGCAGCAGAGACACGGAUUCAAUUUGUUUUUAUUAGGACGUGGACACUGUGCAAUGAGAUACACAUUGUAACAACCUUGGACCCCAUACCAGGGAGACACGGACACAUACUAGUAGGACACGGACACAUACUAGUAACACACGAACACAUUCUAGUAACACACGGACACAUACUAAUAACACACGAACACAUACUAGCAGGCCACGGACACACACUAGCCGGCCACGGACACAUACUAGCAGGCCACGGACACAUACUAGU